AUGUCGGCACAGAAUCCAUUUCCUCCUGAUGGGGACGUUCUCAUCAUGUCACCCACAGGAAAAAACUGGAAACUUCAUUCGUGGCAACUGGUCAACUACGCGCCAAAAAUCGGCGCCCUUCUCAAAAACGUUGCAGCGAGAACCAUCACCAAGGGUAUGCGCGCUGAAGCACACACUAUUAGAUGGUGGAUUGAGAUGAUACCAUUUGGCGCCUUUGAUGACCAACGAUUCAGAGAUUUUGUUUGCGUUCCAGAAAAGAAGAAAGGAAAGCUUACUUUGCACAGCGCCGGUGCUUUUAAUGGCAUUGGCGAGGUGUCUUUCGAAAGAACCUAUGACAACCUUUUCAGAAUGUUGUACAGCAUGCCUCCCAAUCUAACAGACGAUAUUGAUGACGGCGGUGCAAAUUUGUACAUAACCGAUUGCGUUUCGAUCUUACAAGCCGCCGCCUUCAUCGGCAGCUUGCCCAGUGUUCGCACGUACAUUGAGAGCUAUCUUCUGCGGAUCAACCAGAAGCUCUGGGUCCACGUCGCAAAGGCCCCCGAGGCAUGGUCUGAUGUUGCUGUUCGUCUACAGUCGGCGAUUAUCUUUCGUGAAUCCAUCAUUCACAUCGCGGGUGGUCUCGAGCUUCCGGGUCUCAUCAACAGAAGCAGUUUUGACAACAUUGAGUACGGAAAAAUAUGCCUUCAAGUUGCGGAACGCAAGUGUCGCGAGCUUAGAGAUAAGAAGAUCGAUGUAGAGAGGAGGCUCUUGCAAUACUACCCGCAACGUCUAAUUCGAAGAGAGACUCCCGAAAAGAUCCCAGGUCGCGCCGAUUAUGGUUCCGACAUCUACUACUGGCAGGCUCUAACUAUGUGUCGUCAAUUCUUUCAGUCUUCUAUCAUGGCGAACAGACAUCAUCGUCACGAAGAUGGUGGCGUGGAGUUUUAUCGUACCGUCUUUCGCUGCGAUUAUAUCGACAAACACGCCGCAGAUGAGUUCCAUCAACUUUUUGCCAUGUCGACCAAAGGAAAGCAGUGUCUCGCGGAUGCUGUUGAAGUUAUCAAGGAUGACCAUCGUGUUGUCAUCGCCGAUCUUUUGGAAGAUCACCUUCAGCUUCGUACGACUGUGAGAAGCAAGCCGUUGAGGUACUUGACUUGCACCAGUGUCUUAGAGGAAGAGUUGCCUUGGAUUGCAAACCCCGGCUUGGGUGCAGGUUCUAUCCCAGGACAAAUCGAAGAUGGUGUUGCUAGUGACGGCUCUGCUAGCCCAGAUCGAGCUGGAAGGGAAAUCAUGAACCGGGGUGGUGGUCCUAGUGCAGGGAAAGUUCCAGGAAAGAAGACUAGAACUGGCAAAGCUGCUAUGGCUAGAGACGAAGGAGAAGAUAGCGAAGAGGAAGGCGAGCAACAACACAACGAUGAUGAUAGUUCAAGAGAAGAAGACGACGUUGACGAGGGCGAGUAUAUGGGCGGGGCAUGA